AAUCCUGCUGUUCCUCAGCUUCGUCCUGACUAGAUCCUGAAGAUAUUGGAGCACGAUUAAUGAUCAAUUUUAGGGGAUCUUUUUUCCCUCUCUCUCUCUCUCUCGUCUGUGCUUCUGCUUAUGUGUGUGAGAGAGACAGAGACCAAGGCUGAACCAUUUUUUUCCCCCAAAUCCAUUUGAAGAGGAAACUUUUUGUUGCUUGCUUUAUUUUUGUGCGCUGUGCAUAUCUUGAUGGUUCUUGGUACUGGAGCCCAUCACUGUUUUUGCUUUGGUCAAAAGAAGACUUUAUUUUCCCCCUCCAAAAGUGACAGUUAUUUAAUGCCAAGCAAACCAGCCGGAGAGAAGCUGCACAAUGGAGGAAGUUGACUAGGGAGAGAGAAGGAGAAAGGACUGGGGGAAGUCGCCUUACACGCGGAAGAUGAGUUUAGUUGGAGGAUUCCCUCAUCAUCCAGUGGUACACGAUGGUUAUCCUUUCGCCGCUGCGGCCGCCGCUGCAGCCGCUAGUCGCUGUCACGAAGAGAGCCCGUACUUCCACGGCUGGCUCAUCAGUCACGCCGAGAUGUCUCCCCCCGACUACACAAUGGCGCCGUCCUACAGCCCCGAGUACGCCAACGGCGGCGCGGGGCUCGACCACUCGACGUACGGGGGUGUCUCGGCGGCGGCGGCUGCGGCGGCUGUGGUGGGAGGGCGGCCGACCAAGCGCAGAGGAACGGCCAACCGCAAGGAGAGGCGCAGGACUCAGAGCAUCAACAGCGCCUUCGCCGAGCUCCGCGAGUGUAUCCCCAACGUGCCGGCCGAUACCAAACUCUCCAAGAUCAAGACCCUGCGCUUGGCCACCAGCUACAUUGCCUACCUCAUGGACCUCUUGGCUAAAGAUGACCAGAAUGGGGAGACAGAGGCCUUCAAAGCGGAAAUCAAGAAGGUGGAUGUAAAGGAGGAGAAAAGGAAGCGGGAACUGAAUGAGGUUCUGAAGAAUACAGUCAGCAGCAGUGACAAAAAGACUAAGGGAAGAACCGGCUGGCCACAACACGUCUGGGCUCUGGAGCUCAAACAGUGAAAGUUUGAACGUGAACUUUGGAAGAUGGGGGUAGACGAGACUUUCCAGAGAUUGUUCCUUCCCCGUCACCCCACCCCAAAAAGAAGCGGAAAACCAGCCCCGUCGCCCAAACUUUCGCACGUCGACAGGAGCUCUCUGUUGAUCCGAAUCAACUCUUUUAUUUAUGUGCAAUUUAUCCCAAUCCAGAGAGAGCGGGAGAGAACGGCUCGGUGGAUGGGGGAGAAAACAUUUCACAUUCGGAACAGAAAAGCCGAGUGGGUAAGGGGCUGUAUUGUUUCAUAGUAGAUGUGAAUGGUUUUUGCCUUUUUUUAAAGUGUUGAAAAAUAUAGCACGCACAGACACACACAAUCUUGAUAAAGAAUUAUGUAUGUGAAGUGUAUCUUUGGGAGUGCCUUGUACAUCUUUGUUGGAUAUAAAUAUUCAAGGUCCCCCCCCCCCCCCCCCUCCCCCCGACGUUAUAUUGGAACGAAGAGUAGCAGUGCCAAAGUGCAGUUUGCUCAUAUUAGUGUGCAGUAUAUAGCAUUGUGUUG